UUAAUAUUAUUUUUCUUCAUUUAACAACGAGCUAGAAAAGAGAGCGCAAAAAUCAAGAAAAGUAAAUACUGGAGAUCUAUAAUUCACGUGACAUAUAUUAUAGAUUUCCAGUACUGACAGUGAAUUUUGGAACGCAACUUUUGUAUGCGAUAAUUUGCGCUAAAGAGGGAGAAAAACAGAGAAAGGUUAAGUCAAGGAAAUAUGUUUAAAACAAGUUUCACAAAAUGGACAAUUUUCUAGUAACGAGCGCAGCUGCUGUUAGAGAAAAAUUUUUAACAACCGGUUGUUCAAAAUUAGAUGCAAAAUUGAGAGGUGGUAUACCUUGCCGUGGUAUCACACAAAUUUAUGGUGCUGCUGGCACUGGAAAGACACAGUUGGCUCUACAAUUGUGUCUUACUGUUCAAUUGCCAGUAACCACAGGUGGUUUCGGAGCUGGUGCCAUAUAUAUUUGCACGGAAACCGCUUUUCCUUCAAAACGAUUGCAACAAUUGCUGCAGAGCUCAGAGAUAGCUAAAUCUCAUCCAGUGAAUGGAGAUGUGAUAUUUGUAAACCAUGUAGCUACUACUGAUGAACUGGAAUUAUGCUUGAGAUACAAAGUUCCAAUACUGAUGAAAACUCAUAAAAUAGGAUUAAUAGUUAUUGAUUCAAUAGCUGCUCCUUACAGAAUAGAAGAUUGGAAAGAUCAGUCACAAGGCAUAUCCAAGAGAAAUGUUGGAAGACAAUUGCACAAACUUUGUAAAAAUGAUGAUUUAUGUGUAAUCUGCAUUAAUCAGGUGUCUGCAGUUAUAGACAGUCCUAGUCUUAUUACUGAGGAUGUAAAUGAAAAACCAGCUUUAGGAUUUACUUGGUCAAGCAUGAUCACUUCAUCUUUAUAUUUCUACAGGAAAGCUUCUUCGCGAUUCAUUCAGAUAAUGCUAGCCUCACACUUACCAAGAGCUACUUUUCAAUUUGAAGUAGAAGAAUCUGGAGUUAAAGCAAUUGAAUAAUAAAGAUGCAUCAUAU